GCGUGUGCGUGCGUGGGGCGUAGCAAGGGACGGAAGCUCGGCCGGCACGAGAGCCGCAGUCUAAGUCGGCUGUGUCUUGCAGCCGCUGAUGUUCGUGGCCCAACGUCCCAAUCCUUUCCCGUCCUUGCAGUCCCACCCCACACUCAGCCUUGCCUCCCUCGAGCCGGUCUCCGACUUCCAUUUCCCACCCUAAACCGCCUACCCGGUUUCUGUUCCCCGCCCGGUUGUCCUCGGCUUGCUGUGCUGAGGGUCCCCUGUCAGCCUCGACCCCAUGGCGCUGCAGGCGCUGCAGAGCUCGGGGGUGACCUUCCGCAAGAUCCUGUCUCACUUCCCCGAGGAGCUGAGUCUGGCUUUCGUCUACGGCUCCGGGGUGUACCGCCAGGCAGGGCCCAGUUCAGACCAGAAGAAUGCUAUGCUGGACUUUGUGUUCACAGUAGAUGACCCUGUCGCAUGGCAUUCAAAGAACCUGAAGAAAAAUUGGAGACACUACUCUUUCCUAAAAGUUUUAGGGCCCAAGAUGAUCACAUCCAUCCAGAAUAACUAUGGCGCUGGAGUUUACUACAAUUCAUUGAUCAUGUGUGAUGGCAGGCUUAUCAAAUAUGGAGUUAUUAGCACUAAUAUUCUGAUUGAAGAUCUCCUCAACUGGAAUAACUUAUACAUUGCUGGACGACUCCAAAAACCGGUGAAAAUUAUCUCAAUGAAUGAGGAUGUCACUCUUAGAUCAGCCCUUGAUAGAAAUCUGAAGAGUGCUGUGACCACUGCUUUCCUCAUGCUCCCCGAAAGCUUUUCUGAAGAAGACCUCUUCAUAGAGAUUGCCGGACUUUCCUAUUCAGGUGACUUUCGGAUGGUGGUUGGAGAGGAUAAAACAAAAGUGCUGAAUAUUGUGAAGCCCAAUAUAGCCCACUUUCGAGAGCUCUAUGGCAGCAUACUACAGGAGAAUCCUCAAGUGGUGUAUAAAAGCCAGCAAGGCCAGCUGGAGAUAGAUAAAAGCCCAGAAGGACAGUUCACUCAGCUGAUGACAUUGCCCAAAAGCUUACAGCAACAGAUACAUCAUAUUAUGGACUCUCCUGGGAAAAACAGAGAUGUGGAAGAAACUUUAUUUCAAGUGGCUCAUGAUCCCGACUGUGGAGAUGUGGUGCGACUAGGGCUUUCAGCAAUCGUGAGACCUUCUAGUAUAAGACAGAGCACCAAAGGCAUUUUUACUGCUGGUAAGAGCUUUAGAAAUCCAUGUAUAACAUACCUGCUGACUAAAGCUUUGUCUCUUUUAAGUGCUUGUGAAAUGCUGAGCUUUGAUGGCCAUAAACUGGGAUAUUGCAGUAAGGUACAAACAGGCAUAACAGCAGCAGAAUCUGGUGGUCUAACAACGUCAGACCAUUGGCAGUGCUGUUGGAAGCUUUACUACCCUUCUGAAUUUUCCGAGAUACGUCCUGUGUGCAGGGUUUUUUCCUCAUGUUGUUUUAUUUAUCAGAGUUACAGAUGUAUAGGAUUGCAAAAACAGCAGCACCUGUGCUCCCUCUCUUCCCCUUCUCUGAGACAACUGCUUCCAUCUUAGUGUGUUAUUUUUGUUUUCACUGCCAUUUCUCUAAAUGGUGAGUUUUCCUUGCUCCUUCUGUACGUUUCAACUUUAGUAUCAUCUAUUGACUUCUCUCUAUGGGAGGUUAGAAUUCAACUCUGGCACCCACCCUCAUCAAAUGUACUCACCCUCCCAUCCCUCUGUCCUCCUAAUAUAGUUGUCUCGUGGCUUUGGCUAGUUUUCAGUUUGAUGGUAUGGUGAGCCACAUAGUACACCUUUCCUUCCCUGCACAAUGUUCUCUCAUGGAGAGUGUCUUCACUGUCCCCUGUAGGGGGUCCCUCAUUUCUUGUAUCUCAUGUCUUUCACUUGCUUGGUGCACACUCUCAUUUUGGUAAAGCACACUCUCCAGUAAUUACCUGAGAAAGGGAACAUGGAAGGCACAUUUGGAGACCAUGUAUGUCUGAAAGUCUUUUUUGUCUGCCCUCACCCAUAAUUAAUACUUAGACUGGGUAUAGAUUAGAAAUCACUUUCCUUUAAAAUUUUGAGAUCAUUGCUGCAUUUAUCUUUUACUUCUAGGAUUGUUGUCUAUGUCUAAAGCCAAUCUGAUUCUUAAUACUUUGUAUAUGUUAUUUCUGGAAGCAUGUUAGGUCUUUAUUUUUCCCCAGUGCUCUGAAUUCUCUCAGUGAUGUGCUUUAAUGCGAGUCUGUUACCUGUUUCACCAGGAACUCAUUGCCCUUUCUGUUGGGAAACUCAGAAUAUAAGCGUAUAAGAAAAUGUUUUAAAUUUUUUCUUUAAUUUUGUCCCAUCUGUUUUCUCUGUUCUCUUUCUGGAACUCCUUAUAUUCAAAUAUUGGAUCUCUUAGAUUAGUCCUUUGGUUUUUGUCUUCUAUUUUUUAUCUAUUUGUUCUUUUGCUCUGCUUUGGGAGAUUUUCUCGAAUUUCUCAACUUUAGCUUCCAACCCUUCUGUUGAGUGUUUAUAAUUUCCAGGAACUCUCUCUUUUCUUGUUCUCUGAAUGCUCCCGUUUUUUGCAUCCUAUUCUUGUUUUAUGGCCUAAAUAUUUGACAUCUCUUUGGAGGACAAAGUGGCUGUAUCAAUUCAUUGUCCCACAAGCAGAGUAGGAGAAUACUCUUUUCUUCCCAUUUUUUCCAACAUUUGGCAUCAUCAAGUGAUUGAUUGACUUUUCUGGUUCAGGCUUUCUCUGUGCAAGCAUCCAUUGAGCAUCUCUCAUGUGCCAGCCGCUCGGGAUACAAAAUUGAACACAGUGCUGAAUUAGUCUGUUCUCACGCUGCUAAUAAAGACAUACCUGAGAUUGAGUAAUUUA